AUGAUUGUUAUGCUCAUCAUUGGAUUAAUAAUAGAAUUAGUGGAUAUCCCUUUUUAUCUUAAAUUUCUACAUAGUGGUAUUGUACAACCAUCAAUACCUUUUAUAUGUAUGUUAUGGUGGUUUAUAGACUUAGGUCUAUAUAAUGGAUUUACAAUAAUUAUGUCAUGGAGUUCCUUUCAUCGUUAUUUAUUUAUAUUUCAUGAGAAAAUAUUUUUGCAAGGAAAGAAACGUUUUGUUUUUCAUUAUUUACCUCUUAUCAUAUUGCUUCUUUAUAUAUUGAUUUUUUAUAUUUAUGUCAUAAUCUUUCCACCAUGUAAGAAUACAUUUGAUUAUACAUUACCUGUUUGUAAUAAUUAUCCAUGUUAUUUGGAUGAUAUUGUACUUGGCAUAUGGGAUUCUGUUAUGAAUAGUAUUGUACCAACAUUUGUCGUAUGUAUUUCCAGUGUUACCAUUGUUAUUCGAGUUCAUUAUCAAAAACGACGUCUUGUUAAUCAACGUAAUCAAUGGCGUAGACAACGUAAAAUGAUGAUUCAAUUAAUUUCUGGUUCUAUUCUGUAUCUUAUACCCAAUAUUCCAUUGAAUGUUUCAAUUUUUGCUCAUCUUUGUGGUGUACUAGAAAGUGUAGCUGUUGAAGUUGAACGGUACUUCGAUUUUUUAUGUUACUUUGUGGUAAUUCUAUAUCCUUUGGUAUGUCUUGGUUUUGUAUCUGAGGUACGGAAGAAAAUGCAAUUGAGAAGAUUAUUUUUAUUACAACGAGCACAACGAAAUGCUACUGUCAUACCUCAAAAAACUCAUGAACAAAUAGUACGUUAA